CCUGAACUUGCUAACCACUGCUUAUAGCUACUACGUUUUCAGUUAGUGGUAAAAUGAUAUCGCUCUUCCGUUGGAGGUUUUUGGUGGUGUCCGUGGCGUUCCUGGGCAUCGCGCUUGGGGAGGUGGUGUUCCGUUGUCCGAGCUGCACCGCAGAGCAACAGGCUGCGUGCCCGGAGCUCACGGUCUCUUGUGCAGAGAUAGUCAGGGAGCCUGGCUGCGGCUGCUGUCCCGUGUGCGCUCGACAAGAGGGCGAAUUUUGCGGCGUGUACACCCCAAGAUGCUCUAGCGGGCUGCGCUGCUAUCCCAAACCGGAUUCCGAUUUACCUCUGGAGCAACUUGUAAAGGGACUCGGGCGAUGUGGGCACAAAGUGGACAUAGAUCCCUCGGGCGGUGAGAUAAGCGGAGAGCUUCUCCCCCAGCCCGAGGAGGACCUGACCGAGAUCCCGUCCCUGAGGAAGCCCGGCAAAGAUGUCGCUUGGUUUGGGCACAAGGAGAGCGCAGUCCGACAGCAUCGGAAGGACAUAGAGACCAAGAUGAGGGUCAACAAAGCCGAAGAAUCCAAAACACCUCGUUUGAUGCCCAGCCAGUGCCAACAGGAGCUGGACCAGGUUCUGGAGCGGAUCUCCAAGAUGCCCUUCAGUGACAGCCGGGGUCCCCUGGAGGACUUAUAUGCCUUACACAUCCCCAACUGUGACAAAAAGGGGCAGUACAACCCAAAACAGUGUAAGAUGUCUGUUCGAGGACAGCGGGGUGAGUGCUGGUGUGUCAGUCCCCUCACUGGCAGACUCCUGCCCUCCUCCCCUACUGUGAGAGGGGACCCCAACUGCAGCCAGUACCUGGACGUGCUGGAGACCCAGCCCUAUGCUAUUCCCAUAAACUAGCCUAUCCUAAACCCUCCCAAAGACUGAUCAAGUCUGACACGACACAGGAAAAAACAAUUUCCUACAAGAAAGAUACUGUGUGUUUGUGCACGUACAUUUCUGUUUGUGCGUAUGUAUAUGCGAUAUCUUUGUGUACAUUAAAGCAGAGACCAGAAGAAUAAUCCAAAUAUGAAAUAAGGGGAAACUAAUAAAAAGGCAGUCCUGACCCUCUCAGAUUUGAAGUGCAGAUUUCAUAAGGCUAAAUGCAGUGUCCUUUUCUUGGAUUCUUCUGUCUCCUUGUAUUUAGAAACUGUUUUUCAGUACUGUGGAGGCUGCCAGAGUGGUCUUUGAAACCUGUGUCUAUCUCUUCAUCCAGCAGUGUCAUUAUUACAGACAAGCUGACUGAGCAAACUGAGCUUCUGCCAUUCAGACCAAUUGUCCAUUUCUAUUUAUUACACGUUGGCUCCUUCAUAAAUAAGUUCCUUGACCUCACUAAUCCUGCUUGCUUUUCAGUUCUUGAGCAAAACCUGCUUGGUUUUCCUGUGCCUGCUGAACAGCUUCGCUCUGACAUCAGCAGUUCCUGUCUCUCCUCUCUCUCUGGGGCAGGCUCUGGCCCCAUCACAUCUACCAGCAAAAGCUGGCCUUUGCUGCUUUUGUGUCGAAGCCUGGAAGGGACAGCCAGCUUACCCACUGGAGAAAAGUUACACUAUGGUGAAAUUUUGCUGAUCGCCUCUGUAGGGUCUGAGAAGGGUGACAAACAAUUCUAUCAAUCAUCAUAAUCAUAGUGACAGAUGCCAAGUGUAUAUUAAACUGGCAGGUCAAAAGCCUUGACCUCUACAUUGGAUGGCCCCUCUCAUUUAAAUCCUCAGUGUGCCGUACCACAGACUGCUUAAAUGAGCGUAUCAUUUAAAGGAGUGAAAACCUGGCUCACGAGGCAUGAUUACUGUCUCUGUGUGUAUACUGCAGUGAUUUUCAAAGGCAUCCAUACAUGCAUUGCUUAGCCUGUGAAGUGUCAUCAGCAACUGCGCACAUGCUGGGACAUUUGUCCCACUUAUGUCCCUGCAGUUUGAUAUAGGCUUCUGUUAGCCUGCGGUGGUUCAGUAAAUUUUACGGUAGCUUGAGUUUGGCCUGGUUUAAAAAAGAAAUGAACCUGGGCCCCUGCAGUGUGUUGCAUUGAUUCACCGGGGCAGGCACAAGUGGAAUGCUGGCUGGACUCGGGUGCGAGAGAGAGAGAGGGAGAGAGAGAAAGAGAAACCAUUCACCUUCUGCUAUAGAGUCAAAGUUUGGGUAAUUUGGGGUUGCACAAAGUGUCCUCGAAGUGACAUGGGACAUUUCUUGAUAAAGCAGAACACUCUAUGCCAUACCUGUAUUUAAUUUCUCAUUGGUGAAGGCAAAAGUAGGAGGAUAUUUGAUAGCAUAUUUUGCCUAAAUUCAGUGUACUGUUCUAUUUACAUUUCAGCAUUGAAAUUGAGUAAUAGGUGGAAAAAAUGCCACUGCCUUCUUAAAGCCAGAGAGUGAGAUUUGCGAGCAAA